CUCGACAAUUCCCACUGAGAAGCAACUGAGAAGGGUUCCCAUCAUUAUUCUCGGCACGCCAUAUAAGAUGAAGAUCCCGCGACGGGCAGGGUGCGCCCACGAACGCUUCGCAGACGCUCCUGCUUCAACUUCGGUUCCUUCCUUGGUUGAGUUUGCGCAAUGUGGACGCGGCUUGUGCAGAGUUUGGGCGCGGGUCUCCUCGCUGCCCGGGCGUCGUAUGCGGCGGUGCUUGUUGACUUCCAGGUCGCGCAACCGCCCCCGUUGCCCUCGAGCGCCCAGCAGUGCACCGUACAGAUUCUUGAGCGUACCUUCGGGAAUUCCUAUGGAGAUCCAGAAAUCGUUCAAUACACUCCCCCAACAGACUGUGGCGAGGUUGGUUCCUGGGCUGGAAUUAGCCUCAACUUCACCGUGACCUCCAAUGGGACUCAGUAUGAUCGUCUCGGGAUCUUCACCUUCCAGAAUGUCGAAAUAUGGAGGACCUCAACACCGGAGCCUACCACCGACGGUAUCAUCUGGACAUAUCUCAAGGACGCGACCCGUUACCUCCCGCUCUUUUCGGAACCAGGUACCUUCAUUUUGGAACUUGACAAUAUACUUGAGACAGGGCUGAACGGCCAGUAUGCCUCUACGCUCACUGCGACAUUCUAUGCUUCGUCUGACGAGCAUCCGGCGGCGCCGCGUGCCAAUACCAUCAUUCCGGUGACUACCUUGGCAAACAACACUGGAGAUGACGCAUCCGUCCCUCCAGUUUUCUCUUUGAAUGUGACAAUCCCUCAAAACGCCGUGGCGGUCUACGCUGAGCUCUACGCCUCUGGUAAUUCCGCGGAAGAAUUCUGGUACUACAACGUGGCUAGCGAGUAUUUGGGUGACCUACCGAGCGGUUUCACCUAUGGUUACGGUCCAUUCCGCGAAGUCCGUAUGCUCGUGGAUGGUCAAGUUGCUGGUGUAGCAUUCCCAUACGCCGUGAUCUUCACAGGUGGAAUUUCGCCCACUGCAUGGAGGCCCAUAACAUCAUACGGUGCCCUCGACCUCCCCACCUACUUCAUUGACCUCACGCCCUUCGUGCCGGUUCUGACGGAUGGGCAGCCGCACAACAUCAGCAUCGACGUCGUGUCCGCCGAGACCAACCACACCAUCAACGACAAUUGGUAUGUCUCAGGCAACCUGCAAGUAGUCACAGACUCGUCGUCAAGCCCGACCACCGGCAAUAUCACCGCAUACAACGUGGAGCCGUAUGCCGAGACUACGACCACGGGGACCCUCGACGACAAUGGUGAUUUGACUGUCACUGUGACUGCUAAGCGCAGCAUCCAGAUCCAGUCUGAUUUCACGAGCGGGAGCGGCGAACACACCUCCGUCACCUGGACGCAGAAUCUCGAUUACUCCAACACGCAAUCCUACCUGAAUGGCUACUUGGUGAACAACGUUGCGCAAACUGCUACGGGUUCCUUCCUCUCCACCCACAACGGAGUAUCAGUGUUAAGCGACGACUUCUCCUACCCCCUGUACAUCAAUAUGACCUAUCUGAAUGACUCCUACGAGUCGUGGACUGCCGAAUUCGACCACUCGUAUAACCGCGUCUCGCUGCCGAGUCCCUUUAUCCUGGGUUCCACGAUCAACGAACGGCAGACCGCAACCUCCUCCUUCGUGGUAUCAGCCAGUGGCAACUAUGGCAAUGGCACGAACGACGAUACAUUCAGCUACAGUGAUGACGACGGCAACACGUAUUGGCGGAACGUCGGUGCUGCAGACAACAACAUCACCUACGACAGCGUGGGCGGUUCCCUGUCGGGCGGUCCAUUCUCGCUCCCGUUCUCUGCCCCGAUGUCACAGGGAGUAUUGGCCAAGCCGAGGCUGCCAGGGGGAAAGUGAAUUAUGGGAUGACUAGCACUUGCGUUCGUCGGACAAAAUAGGACAUUCUAUAGCGUCGUUCAGUGCAAAGACUUCAUUCUCUCGUCGUCUGUCAUUCAGCGCUAAAUUCUACGUACAACCAGCCUACGCACAGCUGCUGUACCAACGUGUACCCCGACGUCCACUCGCCUCGUUCU